AUGAUGCAGCACAUCUCAACGGCAAUCAAACGCGCAACAGGCACGCCGCCUCCUUCCUCCAUGACAGAGCAGCAAGCUGCCAUGCUCUGCAUCGCUGGUGUCAACAGUCUGCAGCUCAAGACUAGCCGUCAUACCCGCCGACCAACCCAACUGAAAGUCACGACUAUGCUGCGUCUAGUUAGAGAG